CUUUGGGUGGUCAUUGAACAUGUUAAAAUUGCAUUCAGUGUACAACAUCGGCCUAAUAGGAUGUAUGUAAAUGCACUUGCACGUAAAGAAAUGGAUGCUCAUUUUUGGAAAUAUUUCAUUGAAUUCACAGUCUAUAGUGUGCCGUACGUACCGGUGUGUCGCUCCUGUGCACUUUGACUUACAAGUUCAGUGGUCGUCACCGUGGUUCAACAGCUUGCAAGAACCACCAUCAUCAUGAAUCGAUUCAUCGUUUUGCUGCUGCUUUGCGCCAUUGCAGUACAACAAAUCAAUGGCCACCCGGACGCAGACGCUAAACAUGGAGGGAAUUUGGCUUACCGUGCCAAUUAUUGUGGCGCGACUCUCUACGAGAAAGUACGUGAGACUUGCCAUGCCGUCCGUGGAGUCUCCAACCAAGAGUUUCUGGAUUCAAAGGACGCCAGCACAUUCUUGUUCGGACGUGGUAUUGGAAAGCGAGGUUUGCACCAUGAAUGCUGCACUGAAGGAUGCAGCAUCGAGGAGAUUUAUGAAUCCUGCUAAAGGAGACACCAACACCGACCGAGCUAAACUUCUUGCCGAAAUAAAUAUCAAGUAAAUGGCAUUUCCUUCCCUUUAUGACAGUUUGCGAACAUUGAAUGGGCAGGUCCUAGUUUAAAACCUUUUACCUCCCAUUGCUUGGGGAAUGGAUUAUACCCUGGAAGCCUCAGCUGUCUCAAAAUAAAUUUUGACCUCUUAAUUGUAUUGCAAAAAACACUUUGCAAAAAAACAUUUUCGAAGUCUCGAUCCAACCAAAUCGAUCCAACUUUUCUCCUUGCGCAGAACUGAACAGUUCAACAGAUCAGGUCCCUCACAGUAGAAAUGAAGUAUAUUACAAGACACAACAGCUUACUUCUCAAACUAAGACAACCUUCUUGUUAAGACAACUGUGUUCGUUUGUUUGAACAUCGACAAUUGCUCGAUAUUUUAUAGGAAGUGUUAUGUUUAACGAAGCAUUUUAAAAACGAAGAAUGACUCUUGCAGUGAGCGUAUGGGCUAUAUAUGAAACCCGGAUAGUGUUUUAAAGCACAAAGAAAAAUACAUUUUCGUACCAUAUCCACGCUUACGCAUUGUUUAGUGUUCUUCUUUCGGUAAAUACAUCUUUGUUUACAUAAAAAGGCCGACUAUGCAGGGCCUAUUAUAAGAUUGCCCGGUUCUUGGUUUUCUUUCUUCUCUUACUGUUCCGUUUUUUUUCAACAAGAUUUUAACCUGCAAGCAUGAAGGAUUAAAGUUUACCUGCAAAACAGUCA